GGUUGUUGUGUGUUAGCAAGUGGCAACAAGAACACUAACCAUGGGAUUUAGGGAGAACGCCGAGGCUGCAGCAGGUGCGUCUCAACAGUUGGGAUACGCAUAACAUCCAAGGCAACUGGCAGAGCAUGGAAUGGAUUUUCUUAACGGCAGCAGUGCUGGGUUGAGGUCGGAGAUGCAGGAGAAACUUACAGAGGAAGGUUCCGGAUUCUAUCCUGUUUCUGCGUUGAACUUCUCUUUCAUGCUUAAUGAAACGAACCAGUCCUUUGAUUUCCUGGGGGAUGGAUCCGCCGUCCUGAGAAUAAUCAUCUCUGUGAUUUACUCUGUGGUCUGUGCUUUGGGGUUGAUAGGAAACGUCCUUGUCUUAUACCUAAUGAAGUCUAAACAAGUAUGGAAAAAAUCGUCUAUUAACCUUUUCGUGACGAGUUUAGCAGUGACUGAUUUCCAGUUUGUAUUAACUCUUCCCUUUUGGGCAAUAGAGAACGCGUUGGACUUCACUUGGCUUUUUGGAAAAGCCAUGUGCAAGAUAGUGUCUUACGUGACAGCGAUGAAUAUGUACGCAAGUGUGUUUUUCCUGACUGCUAUGAGUGUGGCACGGUACUGGUCCGUUGCUUCUGCGCUCAAUAGCAGGCGGCGCCGUCCGCGCUGCUGCUCCGCAGGCUUUAUGAGCAUUGUCAUAUGGGUUGCUGCUAUAUUCGCAGCUUUGCCCCAUGCGGUGUUUUCCACAACGGCGACCGUCUCCAACGAGGAACUGUGUCUUGUUAAAUUUCCAGACACUGUCGACGCACAAUUCUGGCUUGGACUUUACCAUAGCCAAAAAGUACUGAUCGGGUUUCUAAUCCCGCUGGGGAUCAUCUCCGUCUGCUACCUGCUCCUUCUGCGCUUCAUCACAUCCAAGAACGUGAACACCUCCACCGCAAAAAGACGCUCCAAAGUGACUAAAUCAGUGACUAUAGUGGUCCUGUCAUUUUUCCUCUGUUGGUUGCCGAACCAGGCACUAACGGCUUGGGGGAUUCUUAUAAAACACAACGUUUUGCAUUUCAGUUGGGCAUAUUACACCACGCAGGCAUAUGUAUUCCCAGUGUCUGUCUGUUUGGCGCACUCCAACAGCUGUCUAAACCCCAUAUUGUAUUGUCUAAUGAGAAGAGAGUUCAGAAAGGCUUUGAAAAAACUUUUUUGGCAAAUAACGUCUCCAUCGGUGACCAACAUGAGACCGUUUACGGCAAUGACCAAGCCGGAACAGGACGACCCCGGCCAUGCGAUGGUUCCGUUAGCCCUCUGUCCGGCAGAGCCAGCCUUGGUUUUCUAUCCACCUGGUGUUGUUAUUUACAAUGGGAGAAACGAUAUGCUCCCGAAUAGUACGUAGCCUGUCCUAAUACAUUUGCCAAGCUGUCUAUGGUGCCAAGUCGAUUUAAAAGUAAUGAAUUAUUUGAAUGCAUGUAUUGUUGUGUUGAUCGAUUUAUUUAUUCAAUGUAUAUUUAUAGAUGUAUUUAUUCAUUUCUAUCACCACUAUUUUGUCAAUUUUACGCAUUAAACAGAAGUGGCAUGCUCUCAACUGAUUGAAGCAAAAACUGAAUAAAGGAAUUUCCCUGUUCAAAAUGUAUUUAGAUGCAAAUCAUUAAUGUAUAAAAGCAGCCAGCUGGUUAAUCUGUAAAUUGUAGGCUUUAAUGUAUAUGUGUGACACAUCAAAAUAAAGACCAGGAUAAUCUUAAC